UUAGCAUAUUGACAGAGGAAACAAUACAUAGCCUUCAUCAGCUGGCAAUUGGCAUCAGAAUUUCUUCUGCCUCCGCCGCUCGUGCGCUGCCAAAAACCCAUCUCUUAGCUCACAGAUCUCAAAGCACUCUACCCAUUUUUCUUUUUCUUUUUUUUUUGUUAAAUAAAAGACUGCUUUUUGCUUCACCUCCAAACCAAUUUCACCAAGUCACUCAAAAUACAGAGCGUGGAUUAAGUGUAUAUAUUGUUAUUUAUAGGUUGGUGGUGAGGUGGGCGUUUCUGAUUGCCAAUUGACGCCACAAUCAAAGGGCGGUCGGUGAUGAUUAUGUUAUUUUUGUGUGAUUUGCAAGAAAUUCAAGGUUUUAGCAUUAAUUCUCCUGCUUAACUUAGUUUUUGUGAGUGAAACUCGGUCCGUGAAUGUUGGUGUACUGUGUUAUUUAUAUGGAGAUGGCAUUGUUGAGUGAGAGAAGAAUUCAAUUGGUUUAAUGUGUGGUUUUGACUGCUGUGAGAAAUGUCGAGCUUUGGAGCGGGAGAAGAGGCUUUCUUUGAUACUAGUGAUGAAUUUGUGUUUGAGGGAGAGAAUUCAGAUUAUGAUGUUUGGUUGAGGGAGCCUCAAAGUGUUUGGGAAAGAAGAAGGAAUUUCUUGUCAAGAAUGGGGUUUUUUCAGUGCUCAAGUGAAAGGGAUGUGGUUGAGGUUGAGAGAGUUGAUGAGGUGAGUGACGGCGUGGAUGAUAAUAGUAUGCUGUCUGAGAGAAGGAGAUCGAACAGUGAAGCAAAUUGUUCGGUUGAUUAUUCUUCGUUGGAUUGGUUGGAUGAGAUGAGCCUAGAUGUGGAGGAGGAGGAGAUGAGUGAGAAGCUAGCUUGUGGUGAGCAAUGUGGGGUGGAUAUAGAGAGCCUUACCGUUGGCAAAAAGAAGAGUGUGAUGAGCUGGUUUAGAAGCUUCUCGUGGAAAAUGAAGAAAGGUUAUCUUAGUAAUGUAUCGAAGAAAUCGGAGUCAGUUGCAGAAGAAGGGAAGAUGGCCCGGGUGAGGGUAGAGCAGAGCCGAAAGCGGUAUAUGGAAUGCAGCGCUGUCUAUGCCGGGCAAGUGGUUCAAGCUCACGACGGGCUGAUAAGGGUUAUGAGGUUUAGCCCGGAUGGCCAGUAUCUGGCAAGUGGGGGUGUGGAUGGAGUGGUUUGCAUAUGGCGUUUAACCACGGAAGAUGCCUCGUCCAAGGCUGAGGAGUGCUGUUUUGGUGGUCAUGAUAUGGAAGGGGGGCCAAUUUCGAGGAAUGAGAAAUCGGCUCAGGCAUCAGUCAUCAUCCCAGACAAGAUAUUCCGUGUUGAGGAAGCACCUUUACAACGGCAUAAGGGCCAUAAGGCUGAUGUUCUUGACCUUGCUUGGUCCACAUCUAAUCAUCUUCUGUCGUCAUCCAUGGAUAAAACCGUUAGGUUAUGGCGAGCAGACUCGGAUGAAUGUCUCGCAGUUUUCCAUCACAGCAACUACGUGACAUGCGUUCAAUUCAAUCCCGUUGAUGAGAGCCACUUCAUCAGUGGAUGCAUCGAUGGAAAAGUCCGAAUCUGGGGCAUCCCGAGUAAAAGAGUUGAGGAAUGGGCUAAUGUGCAGGAUUUAGUAACAGCAGUUUGCUACCAGCCGAAUGGAAGGGGUUUUGUCGUUGGCUCUCUCUCUGGCAAUUGCCGCUUCUAUGAAUCAUCAGGUGACGAGCUCAUUCUAAACGCAGAGAUAAGCAUCCAGGGGAGAAAGAAAUCAUCUUGCAACAAAAUCACCGGCAUUCAGUUCCUCAAUAAUGACUCUCAACGAGUGAUGAUAACAUCAGAGGACUCUAGGGUUCGAAUUCUCGACGGGCUAGAGGUUGUUCAGAAGUACAAAGGUUUGACGAAGUCAGGAAGUCAGAUGUCUGCCUCGUUUACUUCGAAUGGAAGGCACAUAGUGUCGAUUGGGGAGGACUCCCGCUUAUACAUUUGGAACUAUGAUGAUCUGAGCAUCCAAGCAUCUAAGCAAGCUAAAUCCACACGUUCGUGUGAGAGUUUCGUAUGUAAAGGUGCAUCGGUUGUGCUAAACCGGUCGGAUCCGGGCAUGGCUGAAAAUCGUUUCACUUGUGCAUCUCCAACGAGUGUGUUAGCACACGAUGACCUCGAGCCCUCACCAAGGGUGUGGGAGUCGGAGCGCUUCUCCCUUGCAAAUUGGUUUUCCUUGGAUACCUCGUCUAGGGGCUCCGCCACAUGGCCCGAGGAGAAGCUUCCAUCAAUUGAAGGCGAGUGCCAGCCGUGUUCGACUGCUUGUGGCAAUCACUUACACUAUCAGCAGCAGCAACAGAAGGGCGACAGCCGAGUUUUGUCCGCAUGUUGGGGUCUUGUGUUCGUGACUGGCGGUUGGGAUGGCACGAUUAGGACGUUCCAUAAUUACGGAUUGCCUGUCAGAGUGUAGGGAUAAAGGAAAAUAGUACUCCCUCCGGCCGAUAAUAUUGCAUCAUAAUAUUAACAUCAAAAUGAAGAAAAACGUUGUUGUAGGAAAGGAAACCAUGAAAAAGGCGUGGAAAAUGGUGGAAAUAUAUGUUUUCACUUUUAGGUUAAAUAUAGGAUUCAAGAAGCUGUGCAGUAUUUGUUCCUAUUGUUAGUCAUUUUCAAAUAGGGUAAUGAUAAAUGUGCAUAAAUUCAUGUAUACAAACUUAGGAUAAUUUUGUCAUUUUUAACCAGUUUCGAGAA